AUGCCUAAAGUUGUGAAUAAACCAGUGAUGUUAUUUGGACUGGCGGCCAUCACUCUGUGCGUGGGUUACCUGGGCUAUCUGCACGCUGUGAAAGAAAAUGACCAGCAGCUUUAUGAAGCCAUAGACAGCGAAGGAGAGCGAUACAUGAAGAGGAAGACUUCUAAAUGGGACUGACAGCAAUGCACCAUCUGACUGAGAAUAAAUCAUGUUAUUUUAGACUAAAACAACAAAAUAAAAUAAAGACACAUCCAACCAGUCUAAGGUCUAAUGACGUUCCAACUCAAAGAUGAACAGGGAAGCAUCUGCAUCAAGAAGAAUUAAGUCUUUUUUUAAUCACAAUAAUGAGGUUUG